AUGGCCAAGUUUAGCUCCGUAGACGAUAAUAGCUUUAAAAGACUACUUGGCGAGCUAAUUAGAUGGGAAUCGCAAAUCAGGAACUCAGCUGCCACGCAACGAAGACCACCGCUAGAAGAAGCACAGAUCGAGAAGCCACCUAACUCAUACUUCAAUAGCUAUGGCUCUGGCGACCAAUUUAGCACUCCUGGCGGUACUCAGAACAUCAGCAAAGGCAGUGGUAACCAAUUCCCUGGGGCUACUUUUUCUGGGACUAUGCAAUUUGGCUAA